UUCCAUGGGCGCUGAGGGCCAUGGAGGGCUACUGGGGCUUCCUGGCGCUACUGGUGUCGGCGCUGCUUAUGGGCUUCCUGGCGGUGGUCUUCUCCCUCAUCUGGGUCCUGCACUACCGCGAGGGGCUCGGCUGGGACGGCACGGCGCUCGAGUUCAACUGGCACCCGGUGCUCAUGGUCACCGGCUUCGUCUUCAUCCAGGGCAUCGCUAUUAUUGUGUACAGACUGCCAUGGACCUGGAAAUGCAGCAAGCUCCUGAUGAAAUCCAUCCACGCAGGGUUAAACGCCAUCGCAGCCAUUCUUGCUGUUAUCUCACUGGUAGCUGUGUUUGAUUUCCACAAUACCAUGAACAUCCCCAAUAUGUACAGUCUGCACAGCUGGGUUGGACUGAUUGCUGUCAUAUACUACAUCUUACAGCUUUUCUUAGGUUUCUUCGUCUUUCUGCUUCCCUGGGCUCCGCUUUCUCUCCGAUCGUUUCUCAUGCCCAUCCAUGUCUACUCAGGACUUCUCCUCUUUGGAACAGUGAUUGUCACCGUGCUCAUGGGAGUGACUGAGAAGCUAAUUUUUGUCCUGAAAGAUCCUGCCUACAGUUCAUUUCCACCUGAAGGCAUUUUCACAAACACCCUUGGCCUUUUGAUUGUGGUGUUCGGUGCUCUCAUUUUCUGGAUCGUCACCAGGCCUCAGUGGAAACGUCCUAAGGAACCAAAUUCUAUCCUUCUUCAAUCCAAUGGAGGUGCUGCAGAGGGCCCCUUGGCAAUCAACACUGGCAACAUUGAUAGGGCAGAUUCAGAGCUAAACAGCGAAGCAGUUGCACGGAAAAGAAACUUCACCUUGGAUGAGGCUGGACAGAGAUCCACCAUGUAAAGUGUUGUGGAGAUGUGACCCCAGAUGUAAGCCUAGAAAAACUAGCUCUCUAGUUUAUCUUCUCCUACUCGAAGAGGUCUUUUUUUAAAUCAUGUAUUUAGUUUAAUUUGGUAACUAUUAAAUAGUGUUAUAAGAAAGUUCAAAUAAAAACUAUAGAUUUACCCAAAAGCUUUAUUCCAAAAA